UUUGCUUCAGUUAGUGGCGUGCUGCCGGCGCGAGUUGUUUUCACUCUCUACGAAGAGUAGAGUUCUCAAGAUUUAUUUAUUUUUCUUUUUUUGUUGCUGUUAGUGUCGAAAUGAAAGUGAUUUUUGCCUUUGUAUGGCUAAUAGCCGAAGUUUGGUCGCAAAGCGCAGAGCUGGGAUGCAUUUGGUAUGGACAGAGUCACAUGGUAGGCCCUCAUUGGGUGAAUAAGGCCGAUACGAAUCCGGCAAGACCUCUGAAUAAUCCGACUGCGGAGGCUCUAUUCGCCAAGCGAUGUCCGCUGCUGUACAAGGAGUACAAGGGUGAGAGUGGCGAGGACGAGCUGAGUCUGUGCUGCGAUGCUGCCCAAAUCGAUUCCAUGGAGGCUGGAUUAUCGCAGGCAGAUGGCGUCUUCUCCAGGUGUCCCACGUGCACUAGGAACAUGGCCUUGACCGUGUGCGCCAUGACCUGUGCCAAGAACCACACUCUCUUCUUGACCGCCUACAAUGAUAUAAACGACGCAAAUGAGGAAUAUGUGGAAUACAUCGACUAUCGAAUUACGGAUGACACCGUAUCGAGGAUCUACAACAGCUGCAUUGAGAUACAGCACACCCAAACCGGACGUCCUGCCAUGGAUCUGGGCUGUGGCAGUUACAAUGCCAAGACCUGCAGCUACCGGCGAUGGUACGAGUUCAUGGGCGACGUUACCGGCGACUACGUGCCAUUCCAGAUCAACUAUAAGUGGUCGGAGGAUGCGGAGGAGGGUACCAGUGAGAUAUACCUCGAUCUGAGCCCUCUCAAGUGCGGCGAGAGUUACGAGGACAGCUAUGCGUGCGCCUGCAUCGACUGCGAGGAGUCCUGCCCGUUGACGGAUCCUCCCACGAGUCACGAGGAACUGUGGAAGAUCGCUGGACUGUACGGGGUCACCUUCAUCCUGGCCUUGAUCAUCGCCUGCGCCCUGUCCAUAUUUAUUUUCUGGGGUGCCUAUGGAAAGCGAUCGGCUGUCAGUGUCUGCAUGCCCACCCUCUUCGGGGAGUUCUUCUACCAUGGCUUCCGCAUCUGGGGCACCUUCUGUGCCAAGUACCCGGUUUUGGUCCUGGCCCUCUGUUCCUGGGCCAUCGCUGGACUGUCCUAUGGCAUUCGGUACAUGAGCAUCACCACGGAUCCCGUGGAAUUGUGGGCGAGCGAGCAGAGUCAGACGAGGAUUGAGAAGGACUACUUCGAUCUGCACUUCGGCCCGUUCUAUCGCACCAAUCAGAUUUUCAUAAGGGCCGUCAAUCAGACAUAUUUCACCCACGACGCUCCCAGCGGUUUGCUGAACUUUGGUCCAGCCUUCGAGUAUAACUUCCUGAAGGAAGUCUUUGAACUGCAGGACUCCAUUAUGAAAUUGGGUAUGGCGGAUAACGAGGGCCUCGAUAAGAUCUGCUAUGCCCCUGUGUUAAUGGCUGGCGAAACGCCCACAGUCGAGCGUUGUGCUAUCCAGUCGGUCUAUGGAUAUUUCCAGCACGAUAUGGAUCGAUUUGAGAACUCCUAUGUUGAUGGCAACAACUACACCAUUAACUACCUCAAUCAAAUGGAGGAUUGUCUUCGUGUCCCCAUGAUGGAGGAUUGCUUUGGAACAUUUGGCGGACCCAUCGAGCCCGGCAUUGCGGUGGGUGGCAUGCCCAAGGUGGCGGUGGGUGAGGACCCCGACUACAUGCUGGCCACCGGACUUGUGAUCACCUUUUUGGGUCGGAACUCCAACGACGAGUCCAAGCUGGAGCCGAAUAUGAAGUGGGAGAAGCUAUUCGUUGACUUUUUGCGGGACUACAAGAGCGAUCGACUGGACAUUGCCUACAUGGCCGAGAGAUCCAUCCAGGAUGCAAUAGUGGAGUUAUCCGAGGGAGAAGUGGGCACAGUGGUCAUCAGCUAUGUGGUGAUGUUCGUUUACGUGGCCAUAGCUUUGGGUCACAUUCGCAGCUGUCGGGGAUUCCUCAGGGAGUCACGAAUAAUGCUGGCCAUUGGAGGCAUAGUCAUUGUCUUGGCCUCGGUGGUGUGCAGUUUGGGUUUCUGGGGCUAUCUCGACGUAACCACCACAAUGCUGGCGAUCGAAGUGAUUCCGUUUUUGGUGCUCGCCGUGGGAGUGGAUAACAUCUUUAUAAUGGUGCAUACAUACCAGAGACUGGACCAUUCCAAAUUUGAGAGCACACAUGAGGCGAUUGGAGAGGCCAUUGGCCAGGUAGGUCCAUCGAUCCUCCAGACGGCGGGCAGCGAAAUGGCCUGCUUUGCCAUCGGCUGUAUAUCGGAUAUGCCGGCUGUGAAAACCUUUGCCAUGUAUGCCGCCAUCGCCAUUCUCCUGGACUUUCUGCUCCAGAUCACCGCAUUUGUGGCCCUGAUGGCCAUCGAUGAGAAGCGUUACAUGGACGGACGACUGGACAUGUUGUGCUGCGUGAGGGGCGGUAAAAGGAAGACGAGGGACGUGGAGGGCGUGGAUAGACCCAAGGAGGUCGGCCUACUGGAGACCAUGUUUAAGAACUUUUAUUCUCCCUUCCUGCUGUCCAAGCCCGUCAAGGUGUCCGUGCUGCUGAUCUUCACCGUGAUUACAUGUCUAUCGCUGAUGGUGACGCCCUCCAUUGAGAAGGGCCUCGAUCAAGAGAUGUCCAUGCCGAAGAACUCCCAUGUGGUCAAGUAUUUCCGCUACAUGGUCGACCUGCUGACGAUGGGUGCUCCGGUCUACUGGGUCCUCAAGCCCGGACUCAACUACGCCGAGCCGCUGCAGCAGAAUCUCAUAUGCGGCGGAGUCGAGUGCAAUAACAACUCACUGUCCGUCCAGCUGUACACGCAGUCGCGGUACCCGGAAAUCACGGCAUUGAUCCGACCGGCCUCAUCCUGGCUGGAUGACUACAUCGAUUGGCUGGCCAUCAGCGAUUGCUGCAAGUACAACAUCACCACCGGCGGAUUCUGUUCCAGCAACUCAAAGAGUGAAGACUGCCUGCCCUGUGAACGCGGAUUUACUGAGAAUGGCCUAAGACCAGAUGCCGAAACCUUCAACAAGUACAUUCCCUACUUCCUAUUCGAUCUGCCAGAUGCCGAGUGUGCCAAGGCUGGUAGAGCUUCAUACGCAGAUGCCGUGAUCUACACCAUCGACGAUGUGGGAAUGUCCACCGUACAGGACACCUACUUCAUGCAAUACUCCACAACAUCGACCACCUCGGAAGAAUUCUACUCCCAGCUGCGCGAAGUUCGAAGGAUUGCAGGUGAAAUAAACGCGAUGUUCGAAGAGAAUGGCGUGGAUGCGGAGAUAUUCCCCUACUGUGUGUUCUACAUCUACUACGAGCAGUACCUGACGAUCUGGGAGGAUGCCAUGUUUUCGCUGGGAAUGUCCUUGGUGGCCAUAUUCUUGGUCACCCUAUUGGUAACCGGCCUGGACAUCACAUCUACGUUCAUCGUACUCUUCAUGGUUAUCUGCAUAUUGAUCAAUAUGCUGGGCAUGAUGUGGGCGUGGAGCAUUAAUCUGAAUGCCAUAUCGCUGGUGAAUCUGGUGGUUUGCGUGGGCAUUGGAGUGGAGUUUGUGGCCCAUAUUGUGAGGUCCUUUAAAAGGGCGGAAGGAACUGCCCAGGAGCGGGCUCGUCACUCCCUAAAUGUAACUGGCAGCAGUGUCCUGUCGGGCAUAACUCUCACCAAGUUCGCGGGCAUCGUUGUCCUGGGCUUCUCCAAUUCGCAGAUCUUCCAAGUCUUCUACUUCCGGAUGUAUCUGGGCAUUGUCCUGAUUGGAGCCGCCCACGGCUUGAUCCUGUUGCCGGUUCUCCUCAGUCUCCUGGGUCCAAAUAAGUUGGCCGGAAGCUCAAAUGCCGAUCCCGUGACAUCCAGCACCAUCACAGUCUACUGAUCGGAUCCCAAAAAGGAAAUAAUUAUAUAAAUAUGUGUUUAGUCAGUAAGGUGUGCCUGCCAGUGUGUGUCUGAAAUCUUUUGUAUGCCUGCCUAAAACGGUCUGAUUUUUCCAUUAACCAUGAGCUUUUAAUGUAAAAAUAAAUCGAACAAAUACGACAAAAAAAAGACAAA